CGGCCUCAACCUGUAGACCUGUGUAAGAGAAGGAUAGAGCGAGGCAGCCGGGGAGGGGUAGUAACCGACAUAAUUACAACACAGAGCUGUGAAGUGUCUGUAGACUUACCAACCCAGAGGGGAGACAUAUGUUACCUUGACUGUGCCCAGGUACCCUAUUCACACGAUACUAGACUUUUUAUCUUUUCCUCCCGUGGCGCUCAAAGGGAAGCGCAUGUUUUAUGGCAUUUGAGAAGUCUUCGCUGCGCUCUCAGGGUAGAAGAGGAGACAUUACGGCGCGAGUUAGCUAACGUUAGCUCGCUAACAAGCCAGAUGUCAUGGCUGUCUAGCAGGCUGCCAAAGAUCUCUUCAUGGAUCACAGAGGACAACAAAGAGAAACCGUUGCAUUUUCAAGCAUAGCCAAUCACUAAGGAAUCUGACUGUCAAGCAUAUCAUCAGUUUGACUUCAGUGCAUGUGGCCUCUUCAGUUGUUCAUAGACAUCUGUUGGGCAGCCCAAAGGCCUAUUGCUAUGCACUAUAAACGGAGAGACAUGAGCUGUGGGGAUGCUGGGGGGAGCAGGCUUAUUUCGUGCAGGACUAUCCCUCUGAUAAUGGGGCUUCUGGCGACCCUGACUCAGGGCACAGUACCAGAACAGCAAGAGACACUUGUGGAGAUGAUAUCUGUGGAACUAGAGGCAUCCAUGCAGUCCUCUGUGCUCUCUGAGCUCAACGCUGCAGCAUCCUUAGUUGGUGAAGGGCCGCCCACAGCUGUCCCAGAUUCCUCUGCAAAGAAUGAGGGAGUGCACACCAGUAUCCCUGACUCCUCAGCAACUGUGGGCCAGGUGUUCCAGUUGAAGGUACCACCAGGACGUGCCCAUGCAGGCUGCAGUGUGCAGCUCACUGAGAUGGGAAGGGAGACUUUACCCUCCUGGCUAUACUGGGACAGAGAGAGCUGCAUUCUCAGAGGUUUGGCUCUGGAGCAAGAUAAAGGUGUAUAUCAUAUCAUGGUGUCAGGUGAGGAGCAAAGUCAGAAGACUAGUAGCCAAGUAUUCCCCAGUACAGUCUUCUCUAUUGAAGUAUACCCAGAAGAACGAGCUGAUACUGAGCCACCCCUAAUCACACUUCAGUCUGAUAUUGGUGGCUUGCAGCCUUUCACCUGUGGUUCUGAGGAGCCUGUCACUGUCCUUACUGUCAUCUUGGAUGCUGACUUGACAAAGAUGGUUGCUGAACAGAGGGCCAGCUUACUGGGCAAUAUGAGGAAAUUCUCUCAUGUGCCACUGGAACACAUGAGGGUGGUCCCUGUUGUCAACAACCGCUUAUUUGACAUGUCUGCUUUCAUGGCUGGACCAGGAAAUGCAAAGAAAGUGGUGGAAAACGGCGCCCUACUGUCAUGGAAAGUUGGAUGUGCUCUUGACCAGGGCAGCGUUCCUGACAUUAGCAGUGUCCAAUCCUCAGCAAAGGAUGGGACUAUGUCAGCUAGGCUGGGCUAUCCAGUGGUUGGCUGGCACAUUGUUAAUAAAAAGCCCCAGGGAGUCAGACGGGUCAGGCGGCAGUUGUACAAUACUCCUACUCCAGUGCCCUCCCUGCUUCCUCCAACUAUUAACCAAGAGCCAUAUUCACGUGUUAUUCCCACUCCAACAUCACCCUCUAUUGCCCCAGCAACUGAUAAUUCUGCUCCACCUGUCAGAGGCCCUUUGCCCCUUCCAGUCAAGCCUACCAUGAGGGUCAGGGAUCAGAUAGCUCACACACCUGUCUUUGGACCUCCCCAACCCACCAGAAUACUAGGAACUACAAGCACUAUCCCCAUUCAACCUACCAUGACCCGGCCUACUUUUGUGGAAGCUACUGCAGUGCCAACACCACCAAGCACCACUAAAAAACCCAAGCCCUCUUCCACAAAAAAACCUAAGAAACCCAAAACCUCGACUCCACCUCCCCGAGAACCGAAGUCCACGACUCCUAAACCACCUAGGCGCACAACAGCUCUCUCUCUUGCUCCGGACUCUAAUACAACUCCAGAGAUCCGCAACCCCAUUGAUCAGGUGACUGCAUGGGUGGGAACAUACUUCGAGGUUAAGAUUGCUGCUGAUGCAUUUUAUGACCGAGAGGAUGGUACUACUGAUAAGCUGCGUUUGACUUUAAAGAAGACACCCAAAGAACCAGUAACUGAAACAUCUUGGAUCCAGUUCAACAGCACUAUCCAGCUUUUGUAUGGCCUUCCAGAGGAGCAACAUGAGGGGAAUCAUGAGUAUUUCAUGUUAGCCACUGACAAAGGGGGGAAGAGUAUCAUGGAUGCGUUUGAGGUUAGAGUCCAUCGCUGGUCUAAUAAUAACAAACCUUCAGUAAUGUUUGCUGCUCGUUUUCAUGGUGACCCCAACACUUUAAGCAAUGAUGUGCAUAAAAAGAUUCUUUUGACUAAGAAGUUGGCUUAUGCCCUGGGAGAUCGGAACAGCAGCACAGUGACCUUAAGAAGCAUCACUAGGGGCUCAAUUGUUGUGGAAUGGACCAAUAACAGUCUCCAGCAGAGUCCUUGUCCAAAGGACCAGAUCACAAUUCUCAGCAACAGGAUUGCUGAUCCCCAAGGAACCCCUAAAGUGGUCUUUAUCAAAGCCAUGGAGCCUGAAUUCAAACCCAUUAACAUCUCAGUUCGUGGCAUCAAUAAAUGCCAACAUUACACAUUCAUUCCACCAGGAGAGGUGCCAAUGCCUGAGCUUCCUACAGCUACGCCUUCACCUGAUCCAAUUAAGGGCACUGAUGACGUUUACCUGCACACUGUCAUUCCUGCUGUAGUAGUAGCUGCCCUGCUGCUCAUCGCUGGAAUCAUUGCUAUGGUUUGUUACCGCAAGAAGCGUAAGGGGAAGAUGACCAUAGAGGAGCAAGCAACUUUCAUCAAGAAGGGCGUUCCAAUAAUAUUUGCAGAUGAGUUGGAUGAUUCAAAGUCACCACCGUCCUCCAGCAUUCCUCUUAUCCUCCAGGAGGAAAAGCCCCCACUUCCUCCUCCAGAAUACCCAAACAUGUCUGGCCCUCACAGCACCCUGCUAAACCAGGAUCUGUUGGAGGAAUAUUCAGUUUAUCAAGAUGAUGAUCCUAAUGCCCCACCUUACCAGCCUCCCCCACCAUUUACUGUGCCCAUAGAGGGCAAAGGCUCCCGCCCUAAGAACAUGACCGCGUACAGGUCACCUCCUCCCUAUGUGCCUCCCUAACGCACACCAAGGGCUUUGAGUUUUGAAAGCAGGUGCAAUCUAGGGAUGCUUGUCGAAUUACUACAGGAGUAAUUUUACAUGUUUAAUGAAAUGGCUUUGACUUUAUAGAGAAGCAGGCAACCAUAAUCAUAUAUCUCACCAACAUGGAUAAGACAAUACAUCAUACAAUUCAACUACAGGCACAGGGCGAAUGGAUGAAAAACUGUUUAAUUUUUCUUUGUCCUUCAGAUCUGCUUUUGACUUCUUG